AUGGAUGUCCAAGCUACUCUCAAGACUCUAUCUCUGCAAGAAAAAGUCAGGCUACUGUCUGGUACGCCAGAUGACUUCGUCUCAAUCGCAGGCAUCCCUGAAAAGGGCAUUGCACCACUCAAGACAGCUGAUUCGAUCAGUGGAAUACGCCCCAGUGAAUUCAACAGUACACUGACAACAGCAUGCUUUCCCAACACAGCCUGCAUAGCCUCAACAUGGAACACAGAGCUCUUGGAGAAGAUGGGCGCUGAGCUUACUCGCCAAGCCAAGAUCAAGCAUGCGCAGAUGAUCCUCGGGCCGACUAUUAACAUCCAGAGAGAUCCUCGCGCUGGACGCAACUUUGAGUGCUUCAGUGAAGAUCCGCUACUCUCGGGAUUCAUGGCUGCGGCUAUUGUGAAUGGUAUCCAAAGUAAAGGCUAUGGAGCCUGUGCGAAGCACUUUGUUUGCAAUGACUCUGAGACUCAAAGAAGGUAUUAUAAUGUUGAUGAGUCUCCGAAUGGAAGGGCGUUGAGGGAGAUUUAUCUCGCUGCUUGGUCGUUCCUCUUAAGAAAGUCGAACCCUGCUGGCGUCAUGACAGCAUACAACAAGGUCAAUGGAGCUUUCUGCUGCGACAGUGAAACUCUUAUCGAGGACAUUCUUAGAAAGGAAUGGGGCUACAAAGGCAUCGUCAUGUCAGAUUGGUUCGGCACUCGCUCUACCGUAGCGGCCAUGAAGGCUGGCGUUGAUGUUGAGAUGCCCGUUCCUGUCUUUAGGGGCGAGAGGCUCAUCAAAGCUGUAACGUCUGGUGAGAUCAGCGAAGAGGUUAUUGACGCCAGCGUCUCACGGCUUCUCGACCUCCGUAACCGCACACAAGCGGCACAGAGCGAAGGACCGGAGAAAUCGGAGAUCAUCCAGGAGACCAACGACAUUGCACGCAAACUGGCUCAAGAAGGUAUCGUUCUUCUCAAGAAUGAGAACCAAACACUUCCGCUCCCAGCAGCUACUGGUUUGAGGAUUGGCGUUGUUGGCGAGUACGCCAAGAAGGCUGUCUUCACUGGCGGUGGCAGUGCAUCAUGCAACCCCCAAUAUCGCCAAGUUCCACUCGAUCUCUUGCGUGAAGCAUUGUCGAAUGAGCAUACAGUGUCAUAUGCAAGCGGUGUUCGUAUGCGCCGUAUCAUUCCGACUGUACCAACGGAGAUAGUGAUGACGGACAAGGGCAAGAAGGGCAUCGAGGUGGCUUACCACAACUCUGGUCAAGAUGAGCCAGUUCUCGUUGAGACUUUGGAAGACGCUGCUAUCAAUCUGAUGGCCCAGGGAAAGCCGGGGCUCAAGACACCUGACUCUCAUGUGAAGAUGACUACCAACCUUGUCCCUGAGACUACCGGGACACAUACUCUUGCAGUGCGGCACUCGGGCUCUUUCACGGUUGAGGUUGAUGGCAUAUGUGUUCUCAAGGGCGGUGCACCAGACAUUACAACCGAGCAAUUCCUCUUCAAUCUGAUCAAGCUUGAGUCUCGAAUAGAAUUGCCGAUGGAAGCAGGAAAGUCAUACCACAUCUCUGUCACCAUGCAAUCCAGAGAAUCUGUUGUUGGCGAACCUACUCCAUAUGGCCUUACCCUUUCAUUUGAGGAAGAAUACUCCGAAGAGCAGGCCAUAUUUGAUGCCAUCGAAGUUGCGAAGACAUCUGACAUCACCAUCAUUUACGCCGGUCGUAGCGAACAGUACGAGUCUGAAGGGUUUGACCUGGACGAGAUCACUCUUCCUGCCAACCAAGUUGCCAUGAUCAAGGCUGUCGCUGCUGCUUCGAAGAAAACAGCUGUUCUUCUGCACUGCGGUAACCCCAUUGACAUCAGUAGCUUCGUUGAUGAUGUUGAUGCUGUUGUGAAUAUGCACUUCCCUGGUCAAGAAGGACCUCAGGCUAUGGUUGACAUCUUGACUGGAAAGGUGAAUCCUAGUGGGAGGUUGACGGCGACGUGGUUCAAGACACUACAAGACUGGCCCAGUUUUGGAAACUUCCCUGCUCAGAAGGACGAGGGUGGAGGCUUUACCAUCAAGUAUGCUGAGGGCUUGGAGAUCGGAUAUCGAGGCCGGGUGCCGGAGAACCAAGUGCAGUUUCCCUUUGGUCAUGGAUUGUCUUACACUUCAUUCUCGUACGACGGUCUCAACGCCAGAUUGGACGCCUCCUCAAAUCAUUCAAUUCUCACAAUCAGCGUAAGUGUAACGAAUACUGGCAGCAUCGCUGGCAAAGAAGUGGUGCAGGUCUACAUCUGCCCUCCUCAGAAUGGAGCUGAUUGGAGGCCAACUCGGGAGCUGAAGGGAUUCACCAAGGUUCAACUAUCGCCCGGUGAGACCAGAGAAGUGUUUGUGCAGAUUGAGGUCGAUACUUUCAACAGCCAUUGGAGUGAGGAUUCGCAUGCUUGGGCGGUGGACGAAGGCGAGUAUGGCGUGGAGGUUGGAGACCAAUGUGCCACUCUUAUGAUUUAG